CCCGCGGCAGGGCGAUGGCGGCGCGCUACGCCGGGAAGGUGGUCGUGGUGACAGGCGGCGGGCGCGGCAUCGGCGCCGGCAUCGUGAGAGCCUUUGUGGAAAGCGGCGCCCAAGUGGUUAUCUGUGACAAAAACGUGCUGGGGGGCCAGGCCCUGGAGCAGGAGCUUCCUGGAACGGUCUUUCUCCGCUGUGACAUAACCCAGGAGGAGGAUGUGAGGACCCUCCUUUCUGAGACUGUCCGCCGCUUUGGUCGCCUGGAUUGCGUGGUCAACAACGCCGGCUACCACCCCCCGCCCCAGAGGCCCGAGGAGACCUCCGCCCAUGACUUCCGGCAGCUGUUGGAGCUGAACCUGCUGGGGACAUACACCUUGACCAAGCUUGCCCUCCCCCACCUGCGGAAGAGCCGGGGCAAUGUCAUCAACAUCUCCAGUCUGGUCGGGGCCAUUGGCCAGUCCCAGGCAGUCCCCUAUGUGGCCACCAAGGGGGCAGUAACCGCCAUGACCAAAGCCUUGGCCUUGGAUGAGAGUCAAUAUGGAGUCCGCGUCAACUGUAUCUCCCCAGGAAACAUCUGGACCCCCCUCUGGGAGGAGCUGGCAGCCUUAACACCAAACCCCAUGGCCACAGUCCAAGAGGGCACAUUGGCCCAGCCCCUGGGCCGCAUGGGCCAGCCUGCUGACGUGGGGGCCGCCGCUGUGUUCCUGGCCUCGGAAGCCAAUUUCUGCACAGGGAUUGAGCUGCUUGUGACUGGGGGUGCGGAGCUGGGAUAUGGGUGUAAAGCCCAAGGGAGCACCCCCGUGGAGAUGCCCACGAUCCCUUCCUGAUUUCCCAUGUUUCCGCUUGGGUUCCGACUCAGCCUCCCAAAUUCCAACUUCUACCAUCUGCCUCUCAGGGGCAGCCUUCCCCCGCCUCCUUCCUGUCCUCAAGCCUCCGCACCCGUGUGCCACACCACCCUGCACGUAUCCAUAAAAGCAAUUUGCAGC